ACAAUAAAGUUGCUACAAGGAACCGGAAGUGUGUCUGUUUCAAUCCGCAACCAUACUGCAUCUAGCUAGUGGGUUAAGGUAUCUCAAUAUCCUUAAAAUUAACAAGCUACAUUACAUCUGCAUGAAUAAUUUGCCUGGGAUCUGAGAAUGGCAGACCCAGCGAGGAUAAAACCAGAGAUCCCCAAGGCAACGUCUUCAGGCAAAGAUGAACAGAGCAGACCAGAGGACACAGAACGCGCAUCUACCUCAGGAAGUGGCAGCAAUGAAACCAAAGACUCUGCCGGCCAAUUGAAGCCAAAAGAGGAGAAAGAUGAAUCGGCAGCAGGAGAUGACGAAGAGGAAGGAACGUCGGGCGAGCCUAACAGCAAAAGAAUGAAAGUAGAACCGGAGAAGAAGAAGGAAAGAAAGUGUCCGAAAGUGGAUGAGGAUGAAAUUCAGAAGAUGCAAGUUCUGGUGUCCUCCUUCUCUGAGGAGCAGCUGAACCGAUAUGAGAUGUACAGACGCUCGGCCUUCCCCAAGGCCGCCAUCAAGAGGUUAAUUCAGUCCAUAACAGGAUCAUCAGUGUCUCAGAAUGUAGUGAUCGCCAUGUCUGGAAUUUCCAAGGUCUUUGCUGGAGAAAUAGUGGAGGAAGCCCUGGAUGUUUGUGAGAAGUGGGGGGACACGCCCCCACUGCAGCCCAAGCACAUGAGAGAGGCCGUGAGGAGGCUCAAGACCCGGGAACAGGUCCCCAACACAAAGCACAAGAACAUCCUCUUCCACUGAGUCGCUCCUCCGACAGACAUUUAUGGACUCGUCAUCUUUUUUCUAAAACGUUCAACUACAACGAGAUGUGGCCAACCCCAGCAGGAAACCAUGGUUACCUAUAUCUGCGGAGUUAGGCAAAGACUAACAGCAAGACAAACGCCAACAACAGAUUCAAGAUUCAACGUUUACUAAUGUGAAAGUGCUGAUUUUAAAAUUCCUUUCAUUUUUUUUUAUUCCCUAUCCUGUUCCUGUAACAUGCUUAUACAGAUGCUUCUGUUACAAUCAGACAGAUGUGUCACAUUGCUUGUAAAUGUAGCCUCGUGUUUAAAUUUAGACAAAAACAUCUGCAUGUAGUGACAGUUGGUUUGCCACAUUAAAUUUCAAUUAAUUCAGUUUCAA